UUUCCUCGCAACCUCAAGGACGAGAGAACAAGUGCGAAGACUUCAAUUGUUCCUUCUUGCUCUGUUGACUUGUCUAGCGCCCAAAUAUAUCUGUAUCUCCGUGACUCAGUGGAUUGUUCCCUAAUUCUUCCAAUCCAAACAGUUUUAUAUUUUGUAUCCAAUACUACAGCGCUAUAGCUAUGGCUUCCCUUUACCCAAGUGGCGAUGAAAAGUUUUCAGCUUCACCGCCUCAGUUCGGCAAAGCAGCUGCCACCACCGGAAUUCCAGUUAGCUCCUCCGCCCCCUUACAGCAAUACAACACCGAAAGCUCUCAUACCAAAACCCAUCUCCAGACUAAAACUAGAGUUCCUUGGUCCACAGGGCUCUGUGACUGCUUCUCUGACUGGAGAAACUGUUGCAUAACAUGUUGGUGCCCGUGCGUCACCUUUGGCCAGAUUGCUGAGAUUGUUGAUAAAGGAUCAUCAUCGUGUGGGAUAAAUGGAGCACUUUACACCCUAAUAGCCUGUGUGAUUGGAUGUCCAUGCUGCUACUCAUGCUUUUAUCGAUCAAAAAUGAGGCAACAGUACAUGCUGAAGAAACACCCUUGCGGGGAUUGCCUUGUCCAUUGCUUCUGCGAGUAUUGCGCCUUGUGCCAAGAGUACCGUGAGCUCAAAACCCGCGGUUACGACCUAUCCAUAGGGUGGCAUGGAAAUAUGGAGAAGCAAAAUCGUGAAGUGGCUAUGACUCCAAUCCCACCAGUGGUGGAGGAAGGCAUGAGCCGAUGAAGAAGAGACAAGUGGAUGAUCUUUGUUCAAGGUUUGACGCGUAAUUAUAUUUAUCGAUAUUGGAUUUUCCUUGUGUUUUGAUUCUAAGGUUUGACGAGGUCUGUAAAUGGUGGUAUUGUUUAUAUAAAAUCAUAAGAUAUAUAAAAAUUUGAUCUAUAUAUUAAUAAAAUAAUAAUCAAACAUAUGAUGCAUAAUUUUAUAUUUCAUUUUUUUA